UCAAGAUGGUGGAACGUAACUCGAACAGUUCGUGAAAUUAAGCUGAUUAUAAUCUUAAUACAUUGUGUUUCAGACAAGAUUUGUUCGAAUAUCGAUGGAUUCUGAACGUCAUGCUGUUGAUUUCAUCUGAAAAUCGCAAGAAGUUCAUUGUUUCAAGUGUUAGAGCAGGGGGACGGAGGUUUUCUGACCUGGAGAUGUUAGUGGGCAUGGAGGACGAGCAUGUGGACAGCGCCAGGAGCCGAGCUGGGAGCUGCGUGGAGUUUCACAGCCUUAAAAAGAUGAAGACCCUCGCCCAGAGGCGACAGUCGGCUCCCUCGCUGGUCAUCAGCAAAGCACUUACAAGAUCCAGAAGCGCUUCCAGGGAAAGCUGCAUGAUGCCGGUCAGCCCCGAGUCGUGUCCUCUCGUCCAGGCCUUCCUGGCCGAAUGCCUCGGCCGCCUGUUCCUGGGUCACGCCCAAACGCAGCUGAAGACGGGUCUGCAGACCCAGGAGAGACACCUCUUCCUCUUCAACGACGCGCUGCUAGUCGCUAAGGCCAAGUCUCCUACUCAUUUCAAAGUAAAAGCCCAGGUCAGAGUGUGUGAGAUGUGGAUGGCAAACUGCAUGGAUGAGGUGUGUGAGGGAAGCACAAACCCAGAGAGGAGCUUCGUCAUGGGAUGGCCCACCUGUAACUUUGUGGCAACUUUCAGCUCUGAAGAGAUCAAGGACAAGUGGCUGUCACUCAUCGUUGGUCGGUUAAACGAAGGAAAAGAGAAGGAUGAUCCCAAAACCAUUCCUCUGAAGAUAUUUGCCAAAGACAUUGGAAACUGUGCAUAUGCCAAGACGCUCGCCGUCAACAACAAUGACAGAACCGACGACGUCAUUCAAAUGGCUCUGCAGCAGUUUGGCAUAUCUGGUUGUGUGAAGGAUCACCGCUUGUGGGUCAGUUCCUGUAAAGAUGAUCCUCCAUAUCCUCUCAUUGGCCACGAGUUUCCCUUUAGCAUCAAGAUGAGCCACAUUCGGAACGGAGGGAGCAGCCCUGGCGGACACGGAGGAGGGCUGGGGAGGGAGCCCAUGAGUCCGACCGACUGCCCCGAAGUUCUGCUGCUGGACCAGUGCCUUCCCCCAGACACCCAGUGCCAGUUCAUCCUCAAACCCAACAAAGUGGUCCUUGAGCCUCCACAGAUUAUAGAGCCCGCACACCAGAAGACCUUCAAGAGGAAGCGAUCCCUGAUCAACUGGCCUUUCUGGAGGGGCUCCAGCACCCAGCUGGACGGCCUGCCUCUGUCCCCAUCACUGCUGUCUCCUAGCGAGGGACGGCUGUUUGGACAGCCUCUGAACUCGGUGUGCUCUUCAGAUCACGGCCUGCCCAAGCCCGUCAUGGAAAUGUUAGUGUUCCUGUAUCAGGAAGGGCCGUACACCAAGGGCGUGUUCAGGCGGUCGGCUGGCGUCAAGGCUUGCAGGGAGCUUCGGGACAGGCUGGACAGCGGGACAGAGGAGCCGGAGAUCACACACCAGUCUGUGUUCGUCAUCGCCGCCGUCCUCAAGGACUUCCUGCGAAAUAUCCCGGGCAGCAUACUGAGCAUGGAUCUGUACAAUCAGUGGAUGGAUGUGAUGGACGGAGACGGAGGAGAGGAGCGGCUGCCGGGUGUUCAGAGGCUCCUGCAGCUGCUGCCCAGUGAGAAUCAUCUCCUGCUGCGUCAUGUGAUCGCCGUGCUGCACCACAUACAAGGCAGCGCCCACGACAACCAGAUGAACGCCUUCAACCUGUCUGUCUGCAUCGCUCCCAGCAUGCUUUGGCCUCCGACCCCGAGCACUCCUGAGAUGGAGGGAGAGGCCACGAAAAAGGUGUGUGAGCUUGUGCGCUUCCUCAUAGAGAACUGCAGCAGCGUCCUGGGAGACGUUGCCUCGUUGUUCAAAGACGUCAGCCAGAAGAGCAGCAGCGACCACGGAUCUGAUGUUUCCUCCUUCCAGAUGAAUGACUCGUCCUACGACAGUCUGGAGAACGAGCUGAACGAUGACCCUGAGUCUCCCUACCAGGAGCAGCUGCUGCUGCGUGAGAAGGCCAAACCGGAAAGCCGCAGCCGGGACUCGGUCAUCACCCUUAGCGAUGGCGACCCCGAGCCAGACCCCGACACCAACCACCUCCUGCAGCUCCCCCCUCUGGCCAGGCCCAGGAGAUUCAGCCCCGCCGUACGGCAACCCCGCAGCGGCUCGUCGCACGCUCCCAGGAGACUCCGGAGAAGCUCCGAGCCGGCCUUGACUUUGGCGAAUGUGCCGUCUACCGGCAUGGCGGCGGCCAACGCCGACAGCCACCACUUACCCUUAAGGAAGGCCAGCUACGACGCAGCCAUGGAGGGGGAAGAGGACGAGGUGUUUGUGGAGCAGGGUUUGAGCAGACUGCAGCUAAACGAGGAGGUGAAGGACGGGUGUGUCCAGAGAGGAGCCAGCGGUGGGCGGAGGAAGACGAAGCACGCGCCUCCGCCUCCUCUGCGAUUGGACGCCAGCUGUUCCAGCCUGUCUUCACCGGCGACUUCUCCAACAGGAUCCUCCCUCAGUUCCUUAGACUCUGCCUUUUCUCAGUACUCCACUGACUAUGCCACGAAUGGCGCAGCUACUCAACGGUCGCCGAGAGACUCCCCGCCUCAGAGGGACGCCGCGCCCCAUUGGCAACCAUCCGUCCAUCCGCCUCGUGGGAACCAGAUCUCCCAGUCCCACGGACUUCACCCGAACACCUGGCUCAAGAAGGACCGCUGCUUGUCUCUGAGACAACCCGACACCGGACCCUUGGAGGACGUACCUGUGGUGAAUGGGAAUUCCUACCUAACCGGCGGUGGUUGUUCUGUCGCUGUUGACGACAUGGCAGCGACAGAGCCGAACGAAAACUGCCAUCGGCGGUCCAGCAGCCCUCCAUCCUACCAGCAGGCUCUCGUCCAGCUUCAGCGUAACCGCUCCCCGUUUUACAAAGGCGCAGAGAAACCCCUGACCGUCAAAGAGCUGAGGCAGCUUCACGACCAGAGCUACGCUGCCAAAUCCUCCGGCGCAAACUCGUCAGACAAUCCCAAACCAGCAACAGGAGCCAAGGUCUCGCAAAGACCGGCGCGGACCGAGAGAGUCCAACCUCCGCAGAGUGUUUUCUAUGGACAGACGGCCACCACUCUGGUCCUGCAGAGGCCAAAAUCCCACUCCCUCACCCCUGCUGCCGAAGGCCACAAAGGAGGAAAGACCCUUCCUCGCCGAGCCUCCGAGCCUGCUAAGGUCUCGGCCAAUUCGGACGCCUCCAAGAGCCUCACCCUGGACAGACCUUUAGGCGGUAAAACUCAGCCGAAUGGCGGCAGACGGAGGGCGUCGCAUGCGGAGUCCGGCCACACCCACCCGCAGCUCUGCCUGUCUCCUUCCGCCACCCAGGUGGUGAGGGACUACUUCUCCUCACACGGCCAGGCAGACCCCGACUCCUGCCUGCGGAAGAGUCAGGAGGUUGCCGUAGCGAUAGCGCAGAACAAGAAGGAGUGGCAGAGCAGGCGGUGUAGCGACCCGCGACUGGAGGACUUUGAACAGCUCUUCUUCGCAGAAGAGUCGUAUGUGUAACAUAAGAACUGUACAGACAAAUUGUAAAUGGGAGAAUGUGUGUUUUUUUUUUAUAUAUAUAUGGGGUUUUUUUGUGUACAGCUGUUGCCUUUUAUGGUAUAUGUUUUUCUUAUGUUGCAGUGUUGAGUACUUUAAAGGUACUCUGUUUUCCUAAAGGUACAAAUAUGCACCACAACUAGCAAGAAAUGAUAUUUAGCAGUGAUUAUCGCUCUGACUUUAUGAACAGUUAAUACAGCUACUCCAGAUAAUUUCUUCUUUUUUUUACCCAUGGUUUAAAUUAGCAGGAAGUGAUUUAUUUUCUUUCUAGCAUUUUUCCAUCUUUUUUUAAACAUGUGAAUUUUUUUUAAAUAUUUAUAUAAAAUCUGUCUUUCCACUCACACAAGUGUUCUUGUUACUGGUAGCUCUGGUUUGGAUCUCUUGGAACGACGGGACGUUAAAAUUAGAGAUGCACUGAUCACAGAUUUGUAGCCAAAUUCCAAAUCUUCCUGGUUUUUAAAGUUUGGAUUUAUACGUACUGAUGUUUUUAGUUACUUAGUUAGUUUAGUUUAGUUUUAGUACAUAAGCUAAUGGGAUUCAUUUUAUGUGUUUUACUAUCAUUUUAAAGCACAAAACCAUUAAGGAAUCGACAUUUUAAAUAAUACUGAACAUCUAGUUUAGUCUUCCACACAGAGUGUCGGUACGGUGCCUUCACUGAUGGUUGAAAAAAGAUCAGAUUCUUGAGUUUUCUACUAGAAGGAUCAGCUUAUUUCACCAACCAGCUGAUUCUUCUGUGUGCCUCUCUAGUUUAAAUCUUUUUGAGGAUGCUUUUAUGUCACUACUAUAUUUUAAUGAAGAAAAGCAGCCAAUUUAACAUGAAUAAAUCUUGUUCGUAUGCCUCUCCCUACAGUGAGGCCAAGAUGAUCUUGUUUAUAUUAGUUUGUUUCUUAAUAAAUGGCCUCAAUUAAUACAUUUCACUUGAUUACUACAAUAAAAAACAUAAUUCACUCAUUUUAGCUCCGUAAAAGAACAGGUUUCAUGAGUGUUGCAUGUUUUUAACAAGAGAAGGGUGGCAUUGUCCAUUGUCUCAAAAAAUACUCUGUUUAUUAUUUCCAUCACCUUGAAUUGUGUUCAGCCUGUAUAGUUGUGAAUAUUUAUGCUACAGAUAUAUGUAUAAAUAUAUAUAUAUAAUAUCUUGAACCUUUUUGGUAUGGUUUGUGAAAACGAAAUAUGUAUUUUUGUACAAGCCAAUUCUGCUGCUGCUGUCCUAUUAGUAUAUUUGCUAUAAAACGCACCAUUUGUAUAUUGUGUAAAUCUAAUGCUCACAAGAACAAGGAAAAAUGUGGAUUUUAAUAAACGUUGCUCUUGUGAAACUA